UCCAGCCCUGUUUAAAUGUUUUGUUUUGAGACCGGGUCUCGCUCAAUUCAUAACUUUUCCAGGCUGGGCUCGAACUUGUCAUCCUCCAGCAUCUGCUUCCAGGAGUGCCGAGAUUACAGCAGGAUGUUUGUUCUGGUGGGUGCCCCCAAAGCCAACACCACCCAGCCGGGCAUCGUGGAAGGAGGGCAGGUCCUCAAAUGUGAUUGGUCCUCUAGCCGCCGCUGCCAGCCAAUCGAGUUCGACUCAACAGGCAACAGAGACUAUGCCAAGGAUGACCCACUGGAGUUUAAGUCCCACCAGUGGUUUGGAGCCUCUGUGAGGUCAAAACAGGACAAAAUUUUGGCCUGUGCUCCCUUGUACCACUGGAGGACGGAGCAGAAACAGGAGCGGGAGCCCGUCGGGACCUGCUUUCUUCAGUCCGGGACAAAGACCGUGGAGUACGCUCCGUGCAGGUCAAAAAAUAUUGAUGCUGAUGGACAGGGAUUUUGUCAAGGAGGAUUCAGCAUUGAUUUUACUAAAGCCGACAGAGUACUUCUCGGUGGUCCUGGUAGUUUCUACUGGCAAGGUCAGCUCAUUUCGGACCAAGUGGCAGAAAUCAUCUCUAAAUAUGAUCCCAGUGUCUAUAGCAUCAAGUACACUAACCAGUUGGCCACUCACACAGCACAAGCAGUUUUUGAUGACAGCUAUUUGGGUUACUCGGUGGCCGUCGGAGAUUUCAAUGGUGACGGCGUUGACGACUUUGUGUCAGGCGUUCCAAGAGCAGCGCGGACCUUAGGAAUGGUUUACAUUUAUGAUGGGAAAAAUAUGUCCUCCUUACACAAUUUUACCGGUGAGCAGAUGGCUGCGUAUUUCGGAUUUUCUGUGGCUGCCACGGACAUUAAUGGGGAUGACCUCGCAGACGUGUUCAUCGGAGCGCCGCUCUUCAUGGACCGGGGCUCGGACGGCAAGCUGCAGGAGGUGGGGCAGGUGUCGCUGGCGCUGCAGACUGCGUCCGGGGGCUUCCAGACCACCAAGCUCACCGGCUUCGAGGUCUUCGCGCGCUUCGGCAGCGCCCUGGCGCCACUGGGAGACCUGGACCAGGACGGCUUCAACGAUGUGGCCAUCGCAGCUCCCUACGGGGGUGAGGACAUGCAGGGCCUGGUGUACAUCUUCAACGGGAGAGCCUCGGGCCUGAGCCCGGCGCCCUCGCAGGCGCUGGCGGGGCAGUGGGCCGCGCAGAGCAUGCCGCCCAGCUUCGGCUACGCGCUGAAGGGCGCCACGGACAUCGACCGCAACGGGUACCCAGACUUAAUUGUGGGAGCUUUCGGCGUCGAUCGAGCUGUCUUGUACAGGGCCAGACCAGUUAUCACCGUAAACGCUGGCCUGGAAGUCUCCCCUAGCAUUUUAAAUCAGGACAAUAAAACUUGCCCGUUGCCUGGGACGGGUCUCAAAGUUUCCUGUUUUAACGUCAGAUUCUGCUUAAAGGCAGAUGGCAAAGGAGCACUUCCGAGGAAGCUCAACUUCCAGGUGGAGCUUCUUUUGGAUAAACUCAAGCACAAAGGAGCAAUUCGCAGAGCACUGUUUCUCCAUAACAGGUCCCCGGCUCACUCGAAGAACAUGACCAUCUCCAGGGGGGGCCAGAAGCAGUGUGAGGAGCUGGGGGCGUAUCUGCGGGAUGAAUCUGAGUUUAGAGACAAGCUCACCCCGAUUACUAUUUUCAUGGAGUACCGGCUGGAUCACAGAACGGCGGCGGAUGCCACAGGGCUGCAGCCCGUCCUCAACCAGUUCACCCCCGCCAACGUCAGCCGGCAGGCUCACAUUCUGCUUGACUGCGGUGAAGAUAAUAUCUGUAAACCCAAGCUGGAGGUUUCUGUAGAUAGUGAUCAAAGGAAGAUCUAUAUUGGGGACGACAACCCUCUGACGUUGAUCGUGAAGGCUCAGAACCAAGGAGAAGGCGCCUACGAAGCCGAGCUCAUCGUGUCGAUCCCCCCGCAGGCUGAUUUCAUCGGGGUUGUCCGCAACAGCGAGGCUUUAGCGAGACUCUCUUGUGCAUUUAAGACAGAAAACCGAACCCGGCAGGUGGUGUGUGACCUAGGAAACCCCAUGAAGGCUGGCGCACAACUCCUGGCUGGUCUUCGUUUCAGUGUACACCAGCAAUCAGAAAUGGAUACUUCUGUGAAAUUCGAUUUACAGAUCCAAAGCUCCAAUCUUUUUGACAGAGUGAGCCCUGUUGUAUCUCACAGAGUGGACCUUGCUGUGCUAGCCGCUGUAGAGAUACGAGGAGUCUCAAGUCCCGAUCAUAUCUUUCUUCCGAUUCCAAAUUGGGAGCACAAGGAGAAGCCAGAGACCGAAGAAGACGUCGGGCCAGUGGUGCAGCACAUCUACGAGCUGAGAAACAAUGGUCCAAGUUCAUUCAGCAAGGCAAUGCUAAAUCUUCAGUGGCCCUACAAGUAUAACAAUAACACUUUAUUGUACAUCCUUCAUUAUGACAUUGAUGGACCAAUGAACUGCACUUCAGACAUGGAGAUCAACCCUUUGAGAAUUAAGAUCUCAUCUUUGCAAGCAACUGAGAAGAAUGACACAGGUGCCGGGCAAGGUGACACGAGCCAUCUCAUCACCAAGCGGGAUCUCGCCCUUAGCGAGGGAGACGUUCACACUUUGGGUUGUGGGGUUGCUCAGUGUCUGAGGAUCAUCUGCCAGGUUGGGCGGCUGGAUAGAGGGAAGAGUGCGAUCCUCUACGUGAAGUCCCUGCUGUGGACCGAGACCUUCAUGAAUAAGGAAAACCAGAAUCACUCCUAUUCUCUGAAGUCAUCUGCUUCAUUCAGUGUCAUAGAGUUUCCGUAUAAGAACCUUCCGAUUGAGGAUAUCUCUAACUCCACACUGGUUACCACUAAUGUCACCUGGGGCCUUCAGCCCACAUCCAUGCCUGUGCCUCUGUGGGUGAUCAUUUUAGCAGUUCUAGCAGGACUGUUGCUGCUGGCUGUGCUGGUAUUCGUAAUGUACAGGAUGGGCUUUUUUAAACGUGUCCGGCCACCUCAAGAAGAACAAGAAAGGGAACAACUUCAGCCUCAAGAAAACGGUGAAGGAAACUCAGAAACUUAAUCGUGACUUUUAAAUGAUGCCACAUCCCGACUCACUAGGAUUAACGACUUGAUUAUACAUUUAAAACUCCUUCGUGAGGAAUAAAAUUUCCAGACUGGACUGCUAAUGGCACCUCAUGGCCUCAGUUUAGCCCCAAUAUUGAGAGCAAUAUCUGUCAGCCUGCUUUUUAUAAAUAAGUUCAGACAUACAUUUAAUAUGCGUACACUGACUUCUAUUUUUAGAUAUUUAAAUGCUGACAUUUUAAGCGAUGGUUCGCGUUCAAUGUACAUAAGGCAGGUAGUGCCUGAGUUCCUACUUUAUAUAAAACAGUGCUUCCUGCAGGUAUUCCUCGUGAGCUAGCGUGUUGACUUUGACUGCUGUUGUAGUUUGAAAGCAAUCCGUACUUGCCCCUGAGCGCCCUUAUUUUUUGUACAGGUACUUAGUGUUGGUACAUAUUACACUACAGUUGAUUUUUCAAGCUACUUUGUAAUUGCAUGAAUUUGAGUUUUAGUAUCACUUACAGGUAGAAGUUCUUAAAAACCGUGCACUACCCUCAAAAUUCUGUCCUGGAGCAUGGAGGUGUAUUUCAGGGGCCCAGCACUUAUUCAGUGUGUGCAAGGCCCUGACCUCCACCUCCAGCAAUGGGAGAAAAUGAUUUCUUUCCUGUAAUAGCAACGGUACAAUAUUUGAACAUGAAAAUUGGGAACAUGGUGUUAACUUUUAUUUUUAUUUAAUCUGCAAUCUAUUUCUUUACAUUUAACUUGUAUAGUUUAAAUUCUACAUCAUCGUCUAAAUCACCUUAUAUUAAAGGUUAAUUCUAUACUCAAAAAUGCCUUUUUUUGUGUAAUAGUUUAGUUUCAGCUAAAUAUGAUGCUUACAGCCUCAUGGAGUUGGAAAUUGUUUCCAAACCACAUCUAUUCCAUUGUUUCUGUCUGGUUACUUACAGUUCAAAAAGAAGGAAGCAUUUUAAUUAAAAGUUUGUGCUUGUCUUUCUUUGAUAUAAUCGGUUAUUAGUCGCAUGCUCUUAGACUAGAGCAGUGUUUUUAGUUGGUAUUAAUUUAUUUUCCUCCCGUAUCUAUAUUGUUUCUUGUAAUUCUGAAACUCGUACCGAGAACAGGUUGAGAUCAUUUUUGUAACAUACAGGAACCUAGAUCCCCGCUCCCACCUCAUGAAAACUUGGGGAGUCAGCCAUUUAGGAAGCCCCCUAGUUGCCUUCUAGCCAUGGCUGUUACCAUUCAUGUGGAUACCACCUCAGUUUGACAAAGUAAUGUACAAAAUCAGUCUCAGCUAUUAGAAUGACUGCUAAAAGAUAUUCAUAGGCAGUUGAAAUUACUGAAAACCUUUUAAAGCAUUUUUAGUUUUUUACCAUAAAUUACAUCUCUAGAGUUUUUAAUAAAAGCACCAUAGGUGCAAGUCAUAGUAUUA